AUGUUACGGAGUGUAAGAAAGUGUGUUUUACAGAGAUGUUAUGUAGGAUUGUUCACUCCAAAACAAACAUUCUUAACCGACGAAUAUAAAUGUAAUGAGGCCUGGAAAGCGCAUUUAUAUUCACCCAUUUUAACUAAGGUUAACCUGAAUGACUUCUACAGUAUAUUGGAUCAAAACUUUAAUUCGAAAGGUGUCAUAAGCGCUAUUGAUGUCGAUAUAUUUGCGAACGCUCUCAAAGAUUCCAAUUAUUUGGAAGAACUCAAAGACUUAUUACACAAGUUGAGGUUGUCUGCCGAGACUGGAAAUACUCUCGAAUCAACACAUCACGCUACUGUUAGGAACUUUAUAGAAUUUGGCAAUGUUCAAGAUAUUGUGUCUAUUCUAAAGGAACCUUUGAAAUUUGGUAUAUUUUUAGAUUUCUACACGGCCAAUAUCCUUUUAGACAAAUUAGUUACGUCAAAAAAUUACGAGUUAGCUGCCAAUGUAGCCUCACUUGUUAUGUUACAAGAAGAUUUUUCUAAUAGUAUCACAAGUUCCCUCUGUCAGUAUGCUUGCUACAAAUAUGUAUCAGAGUGUGAAGAAACAAAACCCACAAGUGUAGAGCAGGAAGAUGACAGCAAAAAGAAGAAAGAGGAGAUCAAAAUCAGAAUUAAAUUCUUAAGAAAUCCAUAUUUUGAUGAUCAUUUUGACUUAACCAAUUUACAUUUGCUAUCAGGAAAAACUUUAGCAUGGAUUUCGAAAGUAAGCACAGAUAACUUGAGUAAUAAUCUGCAAGUUAUUGGAUGGCUGUUCUACAAGAAGUAUAAUAGAUUGUUGGAAUUGUGUAAAGAAAUUGUUAAAAUGGAAUCAACUAAAGUUUAUAAGGAUGUGAUAGAACUAUUGAAGAAGGAAUUAGAAAAAGCAGAAGAAGAUAAUAAAGUUAUCCUACAAAACUGUGUUGAGUUACUGAGUAAUGCACCCCCAAGUGAUGUUGGAUUAGAAGACUCAAUGAAGAUAGCCAUAGAGAAUUGUAUCAAUAAGACACAGAACAAAGAUGUCUCGGCACAAAAGGAGUUAUUUAAAAAUUGGGAAAGGAUGAGAGAAGAAAAGUUGGAAGAACAAACAAAACGCUUGGACAGAACGAGACACAUCAAAAUGUUUGAAGAGAAACAGAAGCAGUUGGCAUCGGAGGAACAGAGGCUGUGGUUCUUUGACAACGAGGAACAGAUCGACCUACAGAUAGAAGAGAAGGAGAAACUACAGGAUCCGUGGAGCUCCAAGAAGGGGACCAAACACAAGGGAGACGAAGAUUAUGUUCCACCAGAAAUACUGCCAAAGAGGAAAUAA